AUGUAUAUUCCAAAAUAUGAUGGGAAUAUUCACCCAGAUGAAUGGAUAAAUGAUAUUCAUAAUUAUUAUAGAAAAGAAAAUAUUGAAGAAAAUGAAUAUUUGCAUUAUGCAAUACCAUUAGUAGACCCUAUUAUCAAACUUCCAAGUAGAAUUAAUAGUUUUGAAAAACUUUGUAGCGCACUUAAGGAUGACAUUUCCUUUACAGUAUUCAAAAAUACAAAUUUAAGGAAAUUGCGAUUACUAAAAUACGUUCCUGAAAGGGAGGGCGGAGAAACUUCAAAAUUUAUUUCAAAUUUUCGCAAAUUAUGUUACAAUGCUGAAAUUAACGAUAUUGAGAAACAAAAUAAAUACCUACUUCUUUCUCUUCCAAAUGAUUAUUUUAUAACUGAAUUUUUAUGGCGAAAUAAAAAUAUUAAAACUAUGAAUGAAUUAAUUAAAGAAUUUGAGGAAAUUGUUAUGGAUGAUUCAAAUUUAAUCAGAAAUGGUUCUAUUGUAGCUUUAAAACACGUUUCUACAAGAAAAUAUCUAAGUUCAAUUAACAAUUCAUUUUAUAAGACUGGAAGCAAGUCUCAAUUGGUUUUUGCGAACAAUUUGCUUGAUUCGAAUGCUUUAUGGAAAAUCACAUUUGCGAGCUGUAAAGAACUAGCUUCAUACACCGAAAAUUAUAUUUCUUUAUUACACAAAAAUUCUAAUAUCUUUCUUGGAGUUAAUGAAAAUAAUAUUUCUCCAUUUAUUAAUCGUAAAUUAGCAGAUUGUCUAGGAUAUUUGAAAUCUAAUGAUGUCAUUUAUCUUAGUAUAAAUCAAGUAUAUUUACGUAGUCAUGAUUUUCAUUUUACUAUUGGAUUUGAUACAUUUCAGGAAGUUGCUUGUCAUAGCGAAAUACAAUAUAAUUACAAUUAUGAGUGGUGCAUUGAACUCAUUAAGUAA